UUUUGCCUUUUUCUUUACUUAUGGAGUUGAGUAACAGAGUCUUACUUAGCUUAGAUUUUAAUUGACCCAGUUUCCCUGCAGUGAAAGAAUGCUUGGCUUGAGUUGCAAGCUGACCCUUGACAAAGUGACCACCUGGUCCCGCUGGGUUUCGGUUUAUGCUGUGGGGUCACACCUGAACUAACUUGUAUUGGGGGCCACCAUGUCUCAGCAGGGUGUCUGUUCAGAUAGCUACCUGGAUAUGGGCCAGGCAGUUUAAUGAUUAACAUGAGGAAAUUGGCGCACUGGAAUCCCAGACCAUAAUGAUUCCUUAUAAAGGGAUGUAACUGACGAUGACAAUACAGCUCAGUGUAGUAGUGCAAUGCUAAAAUAAAUCAUAAAUUCCACUAAUAUAUUUUUCACAGUGUGGUCAACACAUUUUUACUACAACUGUUUUUGCAUUUUAGUCCACAUGAGUGUACUGUAAUGAUCAAUUAUUAACUUGUUAUAUUGACUACACUAAUAAACUCUUAGGACUAGAGGGAGGAGUUAGAAGAUAUUCUCAAAGUACAUUUAGGUUUUUCCUCAGAGGAUCAAGGAAAUUGCACAUCGAGAUGGCGCUUAACUGGCCCGGCCUGCUGUCGAUCGGGGUGUUCUACCUUAUCGUCCUCGCGACAGGCGUCUGGGCGUCCAGGAAGUCCAAACACGAGGAGAGGAAAUGCACUGGAAACCUUAGUGAGGUUGCCAUGGUUGGAGGGCGGAACCUCAACAUCUGGGUCAGCAUCUUCACUACCACAGCUACAUGGGUGGGAGGAGGUUUCAUCUUAGGCAAUGCUGAGGUGGUCUACGACCCUAAAAGGGGCCUGGCUUGGGCCAUCGGACCAAUAGGCUUCACCCUUAGCCUGGUUGUAGGUGCGUUGUUCUUUGUGAAACCGGUCCGAGAGAAGAAUUACGUCACCAUAAUGGAUCCGUUCCAGGAGAAGUAUGGAAACACGUUAACUGCUAUCCUCUUUGUCCCAUCACUCCUUGCUGACAUCUUCUGGAUAGCCUGUGUGCUCGCUGCAUUGGGGGGAACGGUGAGUGUGAUCAUGGAUAUCCCAUCACCCUUGGCUGUGGCCCUGUCUGCUGCCGUGGCAAUUCUCUACACAUUGCUGGGAGGGCUGUACUCGGUGGCCUACACUGAUGUCAUCCAGCUCAUCUUCAUGUUCCUCAGCCUGUGGUUCUGUGUGCCCUUCAUACUGAUGAGCCCCGCCUCAACAGACAUUACAGUCACAGCGGUGACAAAACUGUAUCAGGAGCCAUGGACCGGCAGGCUGAUGUUGGCAGAUGCAGGGCGCUGGCUGGAUGACCUGCUACUGGUGACUCUAGGUGGAAUCUGUUACCAGUCCUUCUACCAGAGAGUCCUGGCCACAGCCACUGUGGCUCAGGCUCAGUUCACCUGCUAUGCUGCCUCUGUCUUCUGCUUCAUCCUCGCCAUACCACCUCUUCUCAUUGGUGCUGUGGCAGCAUCCACAGAUUGGAACCAGACCAGUUUUGGUCUACCUACUCCCUACGAGCAGGGCAAGGCGGGUAUGAUUCUGCCCAUCUCCCUGCACCACCUGUGUCCACCUUUCGUCUCUCUUGCUGGAAUCGGCGCCAUUGCUGCUGCCGUGAUGUCAUCGAUUGACUCUGCCCUGCUGUCUUCUGCGUCCCUUUUUGCCCGAAACAUCUACAAAAACAUUUUCAGCAAAAGGGCCUCUGAGAAACAGAUUCUACUGGUAGUAAAGGUGUCCAUCCUACUGUUUGGUUUGAUGGGGGCGGGCUUGGCAAUGACGACCUCCUCUGUGUAUGUCUUCUGGAUUCUCAGUGGAGAUGUGAUGUACACGGUGGUGUGUGCACAGUUGAUCUGCGUCCUCUUUCUGCCUGGGAAGGUCAAUGGGUAUGGUGCCUUGGCAGGCCUUGUGGUAGGGCUACUGCUGCGGUUCCUAGUAGGAGAGCCCCUGCUUGGUGUGCCUGGACUCAUGUCCCUUCCCUGGGACAGCCUACACGAGGACGGGCGUCUGCUGCAUGUCUUCCCGUACCGCACCGGCAUCAUGUUGGUCUCUCUGGCCACCAUCCUGAUUGUGUCACGUUUCGCAGCCUGCCUUUUCCUUAAAGGGCUACUGCCUGACAACUGGGAUGUAUAUGAACUUGGUCAAAAAAGGAGGAUUUUGAUUAAGGAUAUGGUAGCUAAGGAUCUGACUGAGAAGAUUGGACUGAACACAAGGCAGAUGGACCCAUCUCCUCAUGCUAGCACAGAAGAUAUGAGAUCUUUACAAUGACCUGGGGUCCCAUCAUGUAGAUAGUUACAUACAACGGCCAAAGGUCAGGAACAGGCAGGACUCAAACACCACAGCACAGUCAAGACUCUUAAUCUUAUGGGAAGGUGGGACAGUAGCGUCCCACCUGGCCAACAUCCGGUGAAAUUGCAGAGCGCGAAAUUCAAAAAUACCAAAUUCAAAUAUUUAACAUUCUUGAAAAUAUAUGUAUUAUACAUCAAAAUAAAGCUUAACUUCUUGUUAAUCCAGCCACUGUGUCAGAUUUCAAAAAGGCUUUACGGCGAAAGCAAACCAUGCGAUUAUCUGAGGACAGCGCCCCGCAUACAAACGCAUGAAAAUCAUAUUUCAACCAGGCAUGUGUGCCACAAAAGUCAGAAAUAGCGAUAUAAUUAAUGCCUUACCUUUGAAGAUCUUCUUCUGUUGGCACUCCAAAAUGUCCCAGAAACAUCACAAAUGGUCCUUUUGUUCGAUAAUGUCCUUCUUUAUGUCCCAAAAAUGUCAAUUUAUUUGCCACAUUUGAUUCAGAAAUACACCGGUUUCAACUCGCCCAACAUGCCUACAAAGUAUCUAAUAAGUUACCUGUAAACUUGGUCCAAACAUUUCAAACAUCGUUCCUAAUCCAACCUGAGGUACCCUAAAAUGUAAAUAAUCAAUACAAUUUAAGACAGAAUAAACUGUUUCUAAUACCGGAUAAAAACAACAUAAAGCGUGCUCCAGUUUACGCGCACCAAAACAGUAGUCCACCUGGAGUGACACUUACAAUGAAUAGGACUACUUCUUCAUUUCUCAAAAGAAAAAGAUCGAACAAUUUAUAAAGACUGUUGACAUCUAUGGAAGCCAUAGGAACUGCAGCCAGGUUCCUAAAAAUAAGGGUAUAAUAUAAUAAGGGUAUCACAGGGUACCCAGGGUAUCACAUAGAAAACAACUGGAAAAUCCUAUGACCUCAAUUUUUUCCCCCCUGGAUGAUUUGUCCUUGGGGUUUCGCCUGCCAUAUCAGUUCUGUUAUACUCACAGACAUUAUUUUAACAGUUUUAGAAACUUUUGAGUGUUUUCUAUCCAAAUCGACCAAUUAUAUGCAUAUCCUGAGUAACAGGCAGUUUACUUUGGGCACGCUUUUCAUCCGGAGGUGAAAAUACUGCCCCCUACCCAAGAGAGGUUAAUUCAAUAAACAAUGUUACUUUUUCAAAGAAAUGAAGCUUAUGGAAAGUACUGUUUCCUUGUUCUUGUUACUUGUAUGUCAUCUUCAUGUUUAUGGUACAUUUUUAUGAAUAUCCUUCAACGUCUGUUUGUUUAGAAAUAAAUAAAAAUACAAGCUAAA